AUGUUCGAUAGUCUUCAGGCAUUUGAACAUUGGCUUGAGGCGAUCACUAGACAUCGUCUUUAUCGGCAAUGGCAGCUCAGUUUGGGCAUCCGCGGGCCUCUUUCUUCAGGCCCUGGGAACACUGGCCUACCGAAUGGUCUUCUUGCGGAUGAAAUUAAAAGAGUGGAUGGUGUGGGCACACGAAGUUUGAUCAUAGGCGGAAGAAGGUCUGGAGGAAAAGAGGAUACGCUCGGAGGCAAUGGCAGUGGCGAGUUAUCCAUCAAUGAGAGGCCAUGUUCAACUAGCUUCCAAAUUAAAGAUAUUCCAGAUCUACCCUCCAAGAGCAACAUUGUUAACAAUAAAGUUCUAAUGACCACUUCACAAUCCUCUGGAUGCGUUGAGCAAUUGGGCAGCUAUCAGACGGCUAAAGAGGCGAGUCGCGAGGGGGCAUUUAGUUCUUCUGACUCAUUAGUGCACAAAGCAGUUACCGAAUCACUACCGCCAUCUCAAACGACGCCAAAGAUGUCGUCGAUGCCAGCAGACGCAUUAUCAGAGUCCAUGAAAUCGUUAAUCUCGAUUUCUUCACCGAGUCCGCUCUCUCAAACUCCAGGGUCAGGAGGCUUAAGAUCGGGAUCUAAUUCAACUUUAAUGCGAUAUCGAUGUGCUCUCUUCGAGCUCUUUAUGUUUACUGUCCUUAAUCGGAAUCAAUUUUCUGUGCACCCUUUUUAUGACACUUGGGCCUAA